AUGGAAAAAGAAGAGUUUUUAUGCACUAAACAGAUUGAAAAAAUGAUCACUAAUAGAAAAACUGAUGUUAAUGAACAAAAAAUACUUUUAAGUUUGCGAGUUCUUCCUUCCGGAAUUGAAAUAUCUUGGACUAGGCAAGAAGUGUCAAUCCUGACUGAGGAGUACCAGAAAUACCCUUGCUUGUAUCAAGUAAAAGAAACGCAAUACAAAAAUAAACACGCAAGAACAGGAGCUCUUGAAUCAAUAAAAAAUGCACUAACACACAUGAAAGAUGUUACAAUACCUGAAAUUAAAGCAAAGUUUAAGAACUUAAAAACAAAUGUUCUUCAGGAAUAUCGGAAGAUGCAAAAGUCAAAAUUUAGUCGAUCCGGAACAGACGAGGUAAACAACCAAUCAUGA